AUGACAACACUGAAGAAACCGAGUGUUACUGUGGAUAAUACGUUGAGCCCGGCUCAUACCUUGCUUCAGAUACAGUGUGUUGAUCAGAAGGGCUUGUGUUACGACAUUAUGAGGAUUUCAAAGGAUUCUGAUAUUAAGGUUGCUUAUGGUAGAUUCACUUCAAGUGUGAAAGGCUUUCAAAAUAUUGACUUGUUCGUUCAACAAAAAGAAGACGGACAAAAAAUCAUAGAUCCCGAACGUCAGAAAACUCUGUGCUCUACCUUAAAAGAAGAGAUGCUUCAUCCUUUGCGGGUAAUUAUAGUGAACCGUGGUCCAGAUAGAGAACUACUGGUUGCCAAUCCCGUAGAAUUGUCCGGAGAGGGAAGACCUCGUGUUUUCUACGACGUCACGUUGGCCUUAAAAGCGUUGGGAGUAUUCAUUUUCUCGGCUGAAGUUGUUAGACAUUCGACACAAGAACGCCAGUGGGAAGUCUACAGAAGAACAUUGAUGGGUUGGUAA